AUGUCUUCGUACUACGAACCUCAGGGCUGGCAAGCACCGGCUGCGCGCCAGGUGUCAUGGGAGCAGCCAGUCCCGCCCUCUCGAUCAGGUUCGAGCUCGGUCUCCCAGCGCGAAGAUAGCCCGGCCUUCUCCUCGCAGUUUGACGAGGUCGAUCGUGCGAUCGACAAUCUCGUCAAGAGCGGCAAGCUGUGGAAUGCUCCCCGCCGGGACUCGGUGCCCAUGAUGAUGGGCCGGCCCUAUCCCGACUACGACCCUCGGAUGGGUGGUGGCCCCCAGCGACACCACUCGGUUAGCGAGUUCGAAGGCUCACGAAUGCACCCUUCCGGCAAUGCUCAAGGCUUCUACGCCUCGCAGCGCCACUACCAGGGUCGUUCGAAUGAGGUAGAACAGAUGAUGCAGGCGAAGCGUCGGAUGGCGGCACAGCGUGAGCGGGAACUCCGCAACUAUCACCAGGAACAGCAGUACAACCGAAGCCUGCUCGCCGAGAUGUCUGCAACCAAAUCCGAUCGCUCCCUCAGCCCGGCUGCCGUGAGCGAAGAAAGCCGCCGAGACCUCCUCGCUCGCCAGCACCGCGCCCUGUACGGCAACGAAAGCCCCGCCUUCUUCCCGGCCGGUCCCUUGUCCGACGAAAACUCGCGGCCUGACAGCCAGGCCGGUGGCACUCCCACUUCCGGUGUCCGCGGUCCGUCCCCACGCGGAGUGGACCCGUUCGGCAUCUCGCAGCCGGGAGCCAGCACAGAGAUUGCGUCCGGUCUGCAGUCGCCGUCGCGGGCCAACAGCACCUCCUCGCCCAGCUCCGGCAUCAACGCCGGCUUUGGUGCUGAGCAGCCCGUCACCUCGACCUCGUCGCCCGGUGCCGACUCGCCCUCCUCGAGACAACCCUCGUCCAAGACAACCGGACCCAUCGGAUCCGUCGGUCCGAUCGGUUCUCGCCCGGUCACGGGCCAGAGUUCUGGUCCGACCUCCAACCCGGCCUUAAACAAGCGUUCAACCACCCCGCUGCCGUCUCCUCUGGGCUUUGGCUUCACCCCGGGUGAUGCUGCCGCUGCCGCUGCCGCUGCUGCCGCCAAUGAACGUGCCACGUCAACGGCAUCCAAUCCGGCUAUCACAGCCUCGUCAGGUGGUCCUGGUAUCAAGGACCCCUCCGCGGGCGGUGUCAGCCUGGGCUGGGGCAACGGCAGUGGCGUCUGGGGCUCGAAGAGCGGCCUCGGCGUCCAAGCCUCCGUUUGGGGAUAA